AUGGUUUGCAUCCCUCCCGGCCCUGCUCCGCCCGACCGGGGCGGCCUGGUCCCUGCCUCGGGCCUGCCCCCCACCACCCCACCCAAUCUUCGGCCCAUGUCCAUGUCCCUGUUUGCCCCUCCCCGCUUCCCGCCCCCCUCCUUCGGCCCAUCCUCAGCCCCCGCCUUUCCAUUUCUAAACACCAACCACCACCUCCCGAACCUAGCCGGUGAAGAGAACACGGCCGAGCUCAUCAUCGUCUCAUCCAAUGUCAUGCCUUCUUACCAAUUGCGGAGCGUUUUUGGUGGCGGACUUGAAGAGCUUUUCGUUGAUCGGCUUGUCUCCAGCCUCGCGACGUUUUACGGCCUUCUCCGCGACGCGGGUGUGGGGUACACUAUCUGA